AUUUACUCCUCACUCUCUCAUUUUUCGGUUUGACAAAUUCUUCUCUGUAUAAAUAUUCUCCAAAUUCUGAACUUCUUCGUCAAACUUUCGGUCUUGGUCUUCAUUCUUCAUUCUGGGUUCAAUUUCUAGACUCAGAAUCGAAGAAUUCUUUGCAGGAGGUGUUGCAGAUUAGAGCGGGGAUUCUUUUUUUCGUUGUUCGAUUUUUGAGGUCGAAGAAUAUGGCUGAUGUUGGUCAGAACAACACCGGUGAUUUUCCUGCUGUUCCUACCCAUGGCGGUCAAUAUGUGCAGUACAAUAUCUUCGGGAAUCCGUUUGAAAUCACCUCCAAAUAUCGUCCGCCUAUCAUGCCUGUAGGUCGCGGCGCCUACGGAAUCGUUUGUUCGAUUUUGAAUUCGGAGACCAACGAGAUGGUUGCGGUUAAGAAGAUUGCCAACGCGUUUGAUAAUCAUAUGGAUGCGAAGCGGACGCUCCGUGAGAUCAAGCUUCUCCGGCAUUUGGAUCACGAAAAUGUAAUAGGCAUAAGGGAUGUGAUUCCUCCACCUCUGCGGAGAGAAUUCAGUGAUGUCUACAUUUCCACUGAACUAAUGGACACCGAUCUUCACCAAAUAAUCCGCUCGAACCAAACUUUAUCGGAAGAGCAUUGUCAGUAUUUCCUGUAUCAGAUUCUCCGAGGACUUAAAUACAUACAUUCUGCAAAUGUCAUUCAUCGGGACUUGAAACCGAGCAAUCUACUGCUUAAUGCGAACUGUGAUCUUAAAAUUUGUGACUUUGGUCUUGCUCGUCCAACUUCGGAAAAUGAAAGCAUGACAGAAUAUGUUGUUACAAGAUGGUAUAGGGCACCUGAGUUACUAUUGAACUCUGAUUAUACAGCUGCUAUUGAUAUAUGGUCUGUUGGUUGCAUCUAUUUGGAGCUUAUGAACAGAAGGCCUCUAUUUCCAGGCAGGGAUCAUGUGCAUCAGAUGCGUUUACUGACUGAGGUAAAACAAUCUAUACAGAGUUUAUGCAGUUUUUUGGUUAUAGACUAUCCAAUUUUGACUAUUAAAGAUUUAGCUGAUGUGAAAAUGUUCCAGAGAAUUUUUGUUCCUGGACAGUUCUUGUGAUGUCUCUUAAUAUGAUCAUUCUAAGUUUAUAAUCUGAAUUUUGUUGACUAUGACACUCUGUCAAAGAUAAUUUCUUGGUUCUGUUUGGAUAGUUUUCAUCAGUUUCCAUUUUUUUUUUUUUUUUUUUUGCUCCACGUUUGAUCGUUUGAGUUGUGCUUAUGUUGUUUUCUUAGUAUUUAUUUGUGUUUGUAACGUCGAAUCUGUAUUAUGUAUAGCAAACUAAAUUAAAUGCAAACUCAAUUAAUGAAAGUUCUAUUCAUAAUGUAUUCUCA